AUGGAGGGCAGAAUCAAGGAGCUCUUAGUGCCCGUGCAAGAGGCCUUGGAGGGAAGCUGGUUUGCAAAGCUGAUGCUGCUCGUGCUGCUCAGCAAGGCACCUGAGCCGAGUCCACUAGUGAUCUUGCUGGCUGCCACCAUGGUCUGGUCACCGCCAGAGACGCUUUGGAUGAAAGUCCUGGAAGUCAUGCCAAAGCUAGCCAUCCCAAGUGUAGACCCCACGGGGCAGGGCAUCACAGUGGCACUUGUACUUUGGGCCAUGUUUGUCGUGACCUAUUUCACGAAUGGGCUCCUGCUGCUCGCGGUGGAGAAGCUGUUCCCCCACUUGAUUGAGCAGUAUCGCAUCCAGACCUUGAAGCCAUCAAGCAGGCCAUCCAUGUGGCAAUUAUGGAAGAAUCUGGCAAUGACUAGUUUCGUGGUACUGCCUGUGCUGCUGGCAGCACUGAUCCCCUGCUGGCAACGUCUUCGAGUUACAGUCGCCUUGCCGGGUCCGUGGGAGAUGUUCACGCACAUAGGGUUCGGUGUCAUCGUGAACGAGGUGCUUUUCUUCUACGGGCACUGGCUCUUCCACGCCAACAAAUUUCUGUACAAGCACAUUCACAAGAUACACCAUGAGUUCAAGGCGCCUAUGGGACUGGCUGCCAUCUAUUGCCAUCCAGUUGAGUUCUUCGUUGCCGAUCUGAUGCCGCUUGGAGCAGGUCUCGUCGCAGUCAGGACAAACGCAUUCACCGGAGUAGUGUGGAUGGCCUUUGCGGUCAUGGCCACGCAGACACAUCACUGCGGCAUCAGAUGGCCCUGGAUAGAUCUCUUUUCCUUCCAGGCUGAGGCGCAGCCUAACUUUCACGACUUUCAUCACGAGAAGUUUAACGUGAACUACGGAGCCAUGGGAUGGCUUGAUGAACUGCACGGAACAUCCUGGGACUUGCAGAAGGACUUCUGGGAAAGAAAGAGCCUGCCAAGUAAACCAGUGGCAGCAAAGGCUGCUUAG